AUGGUAAAAGAAGAUAGCAAUUCUCAAAGCAAUGUUUCUUUUUCAAAUCUUUUUUAUUUAGUUUCUAAAAAAGAUUCAUUGCAACUUAUAGGUGGAUUAGUUUGUACUCUUUUAAAUGGUGCUGUAUAGCCAAUAUUUUGCUGGCUCUAAGGUGAAGUUGCCUAUGUAUUCUCUUCAAGUAACACUCCUAGCUAAGUUUAUGAUAAAGCAGUAGUUACCUUGUAUUACUUCAUUAUAUUUGGUGUAGUUUCUUUUAUACUCUCAACCUUGAUGAUGUACUUUUGUGUUUAAUUUGGUGAAAAUUAGGCUAUUAAAUUUAGAUAAGAAUACUAUAAAAAGCUAAUUAGUCAGGAUGUUAGCUAUUUCGAUAUGAUUAACUCAAAUGAGUUAUCAACAAAAAUGGCUAGUGACUGCUUUAAAAUCUAGCAAGCGAUAGGAGAAAAACUUUGCUUAUUUUUAUAUUUUUCAAGCAUAGUAGUUGGUACUAUAGCACUUGCUUUUAUUAGAGGAUGGCAACUCUCACUUAUAUGUUCUAUUAUAAUACCGAUUAAUUUAUUGGUAGUUAAUACUAUUACUAAGAUCACUCAAAAGUCAGUCAAAGAAAACUCAUCUAUUAUGCAAGUUGCAGGAGGAGUUACAGAGUAAACUCUUGGCAAUAUAAGAACAGUUAAAAGUCUUUAAGGAGAAAAACAUGAAUCAUAAAAAUACUCAGAAUUAAUUUAAAAUGCUCUUCAAAAAAAGUUCCGUUUUAAUUUCGUUUCAGGAAUUUCAAUAGGACUUUAAUCAAUGUUUUACUUUCUAAAUUAUACUCUUCCCUUUUGGGUUGGUUCUAUUUUCAUUGAAAGAGGAGUAUUCAAUGAUAAUAUGGGCAGACCAUACGACGCAUCUGAUAUCAAUGCAAUAUUUUCUUGCAUUUUGAUUGGUGGAUUAAGACUCAAUAUGGCAAUCAAUAGCUAUAAAGUUUUUUAUGAAGCAAAAGUUGCAUGUGCAGAUAUUCUGAAAGUCUUGAAAUCUAUUCCUCUUAUUAAAUAAAAUGAAUAAGGCAUAAAAAUCAACAGAGAGGACGUUAAGGGAGAAAUCGUCUUUGAAAAUGUUUCUUUCAGCUAUCCUUCAAGAAAAUAGUAAAAUUUACUAAAUAAUGCAUCUUUUUCUGUUUUACCACAAAAGAAAACAGCUAUUGUAGGCAAAUCAGGAUGUGGCAAAUCUACGAUAUUAUAGCUUAUAGAGCAUUUUUAUGAGCCAGAUUAAGGAAGGAUUCUUCUUGAUGGUACAAAUUUAAAGGAUUUCAAUUUAAGCUCACUUAGAAAUUGCAUGGGCUUUGUCACGCAAGAGCCAUUUUUACUUGCAACUACUAUUAGAGAAAAUCUAAGAUAUGCCAAGCCAGAUGCUACUGAAGAAGAAAUGAUUUAAGCUUUAAAAUAAGUAAAUAUUUGGGAAUUUGUUGAAAAGCUUGAUAAUAAGUUAGAUAGUUUUGUUGGAAAUUCUGGAUCUUAGCUUUCUGGAGGUUAGAAGCAAAGAAUUUGUAUUGCAAGAGCAAUUUUGAGAAACCCUCCAAUUUUACUUUUAGAUGAAGCCACUAGUGCUUUGGAUUGUAAAAAUGAAGUCUAAGUGUAGGCUGCUUUAGAUUAAGCUAGUAUAGGUAGAACGACUAUAGUAGUUGCUCAUAAUUUAUAAACAAUUAAAAAUGCUGAUUAAAUUAUUGUUAUUGAUUAAGGGGAAGUAAUUGAAUAAGGUUCUCAUGAAUAACUAAUUUCUUAAUAAGGCUACUACUAUAAAAUGCAUAAUAAGGAUGAUAAAAAUAAUAAAACUGAUUCAUAAUAAAGCUAAAGUCAAAGCGAUAGCUCUUCAUCUGGUGAUUCUUCUCCUUUAGAAAAUAUAUCACCAAUUCCUCUUUUCUAGAAUCACUUAAACGACCAUAAAUCAUUUAAUUGCACUAAAAAUACUCUACCUACAUCAAACGAUUUACGUUAAAGCCACCUAAAAAGUAAAGAUUAAGAAUUGACUACUAUAAAUACUUUAACCAAUUAUGAUGAGAAAAGCGCAAUGUAAAUAAAUGAUGAUAAAAAGAAAUUUCAUUUAUUUUUUAAUACCUCACCGUAGCCAGAUCCUUAAGCUAAACUAAUACAAAGACAAUAAAGAGUAGAAUAAAUUAAGAAUAGCAAUAUUUUAUCAAUUACAACUAAGUCUAAAAAAUUAACUGCAACACCUAAAUUUUUUAAUGAGCAAAAAGAAGAAUCAUUUGUUCAAGUUGAAGAGUAGAACAUUACUAAAGAUUAAAAAAUGACAACUAGCUAAAUAUUAAAACGUCUAUUUUCAUACGAUAAAAAAAUUUUAUUGAACUUAUUCAUUGGAAUGCUCUUUUCUGUAGGUAACGGGUUAACAUAUCCAUUAUGUGGGUUAAUUUUAGGAAAACUGGUUCCUGUUAUUCUUGAUUCAGACAGAUCAGAUAUCACCUCUUAAAUAAAUGUCUACUGCUUAUAUUUAACUCUUUUAGGAUUUUUUGAACUAGCUUCAACAAUAUUUUAAUAAUAUUUUACAUCUAAAGCUGCCUAAAAAACAUCGUUAAUCCUUCGCAAAGAUCUUUUUAAUAAAUUUUUAAAGAUGCCUAUUGCCUGGUAUGAUUAACCCGAAAAUAACUCAAGUUCUUUAUCAUUAAGUAUCCAACAAAGCUGCGACACAAUUCACUCAUUUAUAUAAUCCACUUUUGCUUACAAUAUUUAGGCAUUUGUCAGUAUUUUAGCAGCUGUUUUAAUUGCUUUUUUCGGAGAUUGGAAAACAAGCUUAAUCGGUAUAGCUAUUGUGCCUUUUUAUCUCCUUAGUUUUAUCAAUUAUGCACUUAAAAUUGGCUAAUUAGCAGUAACUUGCCAUAAGUCCUCUAUGAGCACAGUUGGCUUAAUUAAUGAAUCAGCUUGCAAUAUAAGAACUAUUAAGAGUUUCGGAAGCAGUGAACUCUUAAUUGAAAAUUUUAUUUAAAAACUUUAAAAAAAUGUGGAUAAUAUAAAGAAACAAGCUAUUUCUUGUGGUAUUGCUAUUGGAUUUACUAAUAUGCUUGUCUUUUUCUUUUUUGGUGCAACAUUUUUCGGAGGAGCAUUCUUCUUUAAAAACAAAACAUCAUCUAUUGAAGGUCUUAUGAUUUCUAUAGAAUGUUUAAUCAUAUCUGCUAAUGGAUUAGGGAAGAGUGCCUUUUUCUUGGGAGAUGGUAAAAGUGCAAUAGCAAUGGCAAAAAAAAUAUUUAGUAAUCUUGACUCUAAAGAUGAAUUCUAAUCUAAUCAAGGAAAGCAAGUUAUAAAGUAGACUGUUGGUUAGAUUGAAUUCUAAAACGUUUCUUUCUCUUAUCCUGAAAGAAAGGACUAACUCAUCUUAAAAAAUAUUUCAUUCAAAAUACCUGCAAAAUCUAAAGUUGCUUUUGUGGGUACUUCAGGAGCUGGUAAAUCAUCUAUAAUUUAAUUACUCUAGAGAUUUUACAGUAAUUAUUCUGGAAAAAUACUCCUUGAUGGCAUUGAAUUGAGAAAAUAUGAUUUAGACAACUAUCGUUCAAAAUUUGGUUCAGUAUAAUAAGAACCUCUUUUAUUCAACGGUACUAUAAAAGAAAACAUUUAGUACAACUAAGAUGUUAACUUUGAAUAAAUAAAAGAAGCAGCUAUAAAAGCUAAUGCUCUUUAAUUUAUUUAAGAACUCUCUAAAGAUGGAAUGGACGGAUUUGAAAAGUAAGUUGGUAUUAAAGGAAAUAAACUAAGUGGAGGAUAAAAAUAAAGAAUUGCUUUGAGUUAACUUAUCCUAAGAAAUCCCUAAAUAGUACUCUUUGAUGAAGCUACUAGUGCUCUUGAUUCUAAUAACGAAUAAAUUAUCCUAAAUUCGAUUGAAUAAACAUUUAGAGAGUAAACUAUUGUAAAUGUUGCUCACAGAAUUAAUGUAAUAAAAAAUUGUGAUAUAAUUUUCAUGCUUGAUCAAGGAAAAAUAGUAGAAUAAGGUACAUUCGAGCAACUGAUAGAAUAAAAAUCUCAUUUUUAUAAACUAAUAUAAAAUUCUUAAUUGAACUGA